AUGGCUACCUAUGCCCUGCAAAUCGCUGGACUGGUGCUUGGUGGUGUUGGCAUGGUGGGCACGCUAGCUGUCACCAUCAUGCCUCAGUGGAGAGUGUCUGCCUUCAUCGGAAGCAACAUUGUGGUUUUUGAAAACUUCUGGGAAGGACUGUGGAUGAAUUGCGUGAGGCAAGCUAACAUCAGGAUGCAAUGCAAAGUCUAUGAUUCCCUGUUGGCUCUCUCUCCAGACCUACAGGCAUCCAGAGGGCUGAUGUGUGCUGCCUCUGUGCUCUCCUUCCUGGCUUUCAUGACCGCUGUCCUGGGCAUGAAAUGCACCAGGUGCACUGGGGACGACGAGAAAGUGAAGGGUCACAUCUUGCUAACGGCUGGGAUCAUCUUCAUCGUCACAGGCAUCCUGGUGCUCAUCCCGGUGAGCUGGGUUGCCAAUUCCAUCAUCAGAGAGUUCUACAACCCGAUAGUGGAGACUGCCCAAAAGCACGAGCUUGGAGAUGCUCUCUACAUAGGCUGGACCACGGCGCUGGUGCUGAUCGCUGGAGGGGCACUGUUCUGCUGUGUUUCCUGUUACAGUGAAAAGAGCCGAAGCUACAGAUACUCUGUCCCUUCCCAUCGCACAACCCAGAAAAGCUAUCACAUGGAAAAGAAGUCACCGAGCGUGUACUCCAGAAGUCAGUAUGUGUAG